GUGUUUGAUUGAGUUGCAGUGACCUCAUCCCUCCAGCAGCUGCUGCGACGAGGAGCUGUUUUCCUGCAACUUUGUAUGAACUUCGAAGUUGAACAAUCGCAAAAGGAAGCAGACACUUGGAGUAAGCGGAACAUCGCACAAGAAAAUACAAUAAUACUAUUUUUUGACGUUUUCGUGGUGAAAAUCUAAAAAGUCGACUCGCACUUUAUUUUUCGUGGCCAAACAUUGUGAUAGCAGUUUUCCCUGGAAUCUGUGUCUUAGAACGGCGGAGGUGGGGAGAAGAAAGAUCAUCCUGAGAGACGUUGACACACACAGGACAGGAGAAUGUACCAGACACUGAUGCCUUUUAGUCCACCGUGCCCACCAGAGACCGAAGCAGCAUGCAGACCUGAGGAGAACCAGCACUAGCUGCAACGUUCUGUCCACCCUCCUCCAGUCCUCCCAGCCACCAAUGCUCUGUGAGGCUCUCUAUCCUCUCCUCUCCCUGGGCAUAAUGCUCCAUCUCUACUGCUGAGCUCCACCUUACCCCCUAACCUUACCCCCUAACCUUACCCCACCAUGACCAGUCUGAAGCGGUCUCAGACGGAGCGUUCGGUGGGCGGCUCGGUACCUGCCUCUGAUGAAUUCUACACUCGACGUCUGCGUCUCCCCAACGGUGGCGCCCCCCCACCCCGCUCCGAAAGCGCCCACCUCACCUCCUCUUCCUCGUCCGGCUCCUCUUCAUCCUCCACCCCGGGGGUUCCCAAGAUGGGGGUCAGGGCCCGCGUGGCAGACUGGCCCCCCAAAAGGGACGGAACGGGUGGAGUGUGGCACAUCACCGUAGAUACGGACUCUCCAAGUUCUACCAUGUCAUCUUCUGGUGGCGGAGAACGCGGGUCGGGCGGAGAACGCGGGUCGGGCGGAGAACGCGGGUCGGGCGGAGAACGCGGGUCGGGCGGAGAACGCGGGUCGGGCGGAGAAAGAGAACGAGAGCGUAGCUCUGGGUCGGGUUCAGGCUCGACGCCCACGGCCCAUAGCAGCAUGUCAGCUAAACUGGGGCACCUGAUCAGCCCUCAGGACUCGUCGAUGCUCCGGAACAUCCACAACACCCUGAAGAGCAAGAUGCACCACGGCAGACAUCACAGCAAAGACAACCGCUACCUGUCGCCAGACGGCUACCAGGGCUCGCCGCGUAAAGGCAUGCGUCGUAUCCGCCAGCGAUCCAACAGUGACAUCACUAUCUCUGAGCUGGAGGGUGACGGGGGCGAGGGCUGGUCCUUCUCUGGCUGGACGCCCAUGCACCGAGAGUACGGCAGUACGUCCUCCAUAGACAAACAUACAGGCUCAGAGGAGAGCUUCUUCGAUAUGCUCAAGGGUUAUACAUCCCAGGAUGCACCAGACCAGCGCAGCCCGGCACCGGACAGACUCGGGGAGCUGCUGACGGUCGCCCCGCACAAACAGGCUGCCUUAGAUCUGCCUGAUGGACCCCUGGGUACUGCCAGAGGUAGCCCCGCCAGUCGCCUGAAGGAAAGGGAGAAACAACUCAAAAGGAGAUCCAAGUCGGAGACGGGCGGGGAGUCCAUCUUCCGGAAGCUUCGUAGUGUCAAGGCCGAGGGCGACUCGUCCCGUGCCGGAUCAGACGUAGAAGACGGGGGGCGGGAGGACGGUAACAGCCCCAAACCCUGGAUCUGUCAGAAGGGCUUCGCCCACUUUGACGUGCAGAGUAUCCUCUUCGACCUCAACGAGGCCAUCCAGGGACGACAGUCCGGCGGGAAACGCAAGAACACCACCACAGGAGCUUCGGCUGCCGCCGCCGCCUCGGCCUCUGCCGCUUCCUCCCUCUCGUCCAAUCAGAGCGGAGUAUACGGUGGGGGCGGGUCUCCGUGCGGGUCGCAGGAGGAGCUAAGUGGGAAGGAGGGGUGUCCAGGUACAGGAGGGGGACAUGGCACUAACCCUGCCCUGGAUCCUGGCGAUGACCAGAGCAAUGAAUUGUUGCUGAACUGUCCCUGUUUCAGGAGGGAACUGGGAGGAGAGGGAGAAAGGAACAUCCGCCCAUCUAAACAGCAGGGGAGUAUAGGCAGUGGAGGGAGCUCUGGGGGGGGAGGUGGCUCAGAGGAGGGGCCCCUGGAGACCACUCUCCCCCACUUCACCAAUGCCGGGGUGGCCGUGCUGGAGGCCCCGAAAGAUGGACAGGGAAAACACGCCGACAGGGCCAAACGAUCUGUAGAACACUGUGACCUGGGGGCUUACUACUACAGGAAGUACUUCUAUCUGAGAGAGCAUUGGAACUACCUGGGUGUAGAUGAGACUCUGGGUCCAGUAGCAGUGAGUCUGAGGAGAGAGAAGCUGGAGGAACACAAGGAGCAUGGACAGCAGUACACCUACAGAGUCAUCUUCAGAACCAGCGAGCUCACCACCCUGCGUGGAUCCAUUCUGGAGGAUGCUGUGCCCUCCACCUCGAAGCACGGCCUGGCUCGGGGUCUACCCCUCAAAGAGGUGCUAGAUUACCUGGUUCCAGAGCUGAACGCCCACUGUCUCAGACUGGCUCUCAACACACCUAAAGUCACAGAGCAGCUGAUGAAGCUGGACGAACAGGGGUUGAGUUUCCAGUUGAAGGUGGGGGUGAUGUACUGUGCGGCGGGACAGAGCAGUGAAGAGGAUAUGUAUAAUAAUGAUUCAGCGGGUCCUGCUCUGGAGGAGUUCCUACAGCUGCUGGGGGAGAGGGUCCGACUGAAGGGAUUCACCAAGUACCGAGCCCAGCUGGACACUAAGACUGACUCCACAGGAACCCACUCCCUGUACACCACCUAUAAGGACUACGAGGUGAUGUUCCAUGUCUCCACCAUGCUGCCCUACACACCCAACAACAAACAACAGCUCCUGAGGAAGCGUCACAUAGGAAAUGACAUAGUGACCAUCGUAUUCCAGGAGCCGGGGGCUCAGCCCUUCACCCCCAAGAACAUACGCUCUCACUUCCAACACGUGUUCGUAGUGGUGAGAGCACAGCAACCCUGCUCUGACAACACCAGCUACAGUGUGGCGGUCACUCGUUCUCGUGACGUCCCGUCCUUCGGCCCUCCCAUCCCAGAGGGUGUGUCCUUCCCCAAGUCCUCCGCGUUCCGGGACUUCCUAUUGGCCAAGGUCAUCAACGCAGAGAAUGCCGCCCACAAAUCUCUCAAGUUCCGCGCCAUGGCGACGCGGACACGUCAGGAGUACCUCAGAGAACUGGCGGAGCGCAACACCACGUCGACCCCCAUCGACCCGUCCGGGAAAUUCCCCUUCAUCUCAUUGGCUCACAAGAAGAAGGAGAAGAGUCGUCCGUACGCGGGGGCGGAACUUCGGAGCCUCGGCGCCGUCACGUGGGCUGUCCACGCCGAGGAUCAUGGAGCGGGAGGAGAGCUCGAAGCGCUAUUGGCUAUCUCCAACGACUUCCUCAUCCUAUUGGAUCAGGAGGCCAAGGCCGUGGUGUUUAACUGUGCUACUAAGGACGUGAUUGGCUGGACGCUGGGGAGUCCGGCCUCCAUGAGGAUCUUCUAUGAGAGAGGGGAGAGUGUGUCGCUGAGGUCUGUUAGUAACAACACAGAGGACUUCAGAGAGGUGGUGAAACGACUGGAGUACCUGACUAAGGGUUGUGAGACGUCUGAGAUGACGCUACGUCGUAACGGGCUGGGCCAGCUGGGUUUCCAUGUCAACUACGAGGGCAUCGUGGCAGAGGUGGAGUCGUACGGAUACGCCUGGCAGGCCGGGCUGAGGCAGGGCAGCCGAUUGGUCGAAAUCUGCAAGGUUGCCGUGGCGACUCUGACCCACGAGCAGAUGAUCGACCUGCUGAGGACGUCGGUCACUGUCAGGGUGGUCAUCAUCCCCCCGCACGAAGACGCUACGCCACGCAGAGGUUGCUCUGAGCUCUACCGUAUCCCGGUGGUUGAGUAUAAGGGGAGUGGUGAGAGUGGUUCGUUUGACUACAAGUUCCCGUUCCGCAACAAAGACAACAAGUGGCAGAGAACCUCCAGUAGCCCCCAGCAGUCCCUGACGGCCUCCCCCCAGCCGCACACCCCCAACCGGGCCAUCAGCCUGGGGAGCUCUGGGGGGAAGACCCUGUCUGCUGAACGCCCAGAGAGAAACGCAGCUAUACCACGCAGUGUUAGUAGUGAUGGACGGCCACUGGAUACCAAGAGAAUGUCUCCGGGCAGUGAGAACUAUGCUCUGGUCUCCUCUCUGGCUCUGGGCCGUUCUCCUCACAACCGCUCUUCCUCCUCCAACGUCUCCUGCUCCACUGACACCUCGCAGCACUGGAAGAGUCAGAAGUCCAUGCCUGAGGGGUUUGGAGAACACAGACAACACUCCCCUCUGUCUACAGAGCGACAGGUGGUAGGAGAAGGCGGGGCUAGUGGCAAGUCCACACCUAAUUGGCCGAGAGUGGAGGAAGGGGGCGGACCCGACAGAGGUUCUACAGAAGCUCCUGUGUCUUGUCCUGGGUACACCGGCGCGCCACGCAUCCAGAGGCAGGAGCAGGUCAUCCACCACUCCCCCAAGAAGAGCUCCCAGCCUGAGGGUCCUUCACCCUCCCAGCCUGAGGGUCCCUACUCCAGCAGUAACACCCUGUCCAGCACGGCCUCGAGCGGGGGCCACAGCGACACCGACAAGUGGUUCGACCUGGGGGUCCCCGGGGGACCAGGAGAGGCCCCUGACUCUGAACCCAACGGCCUGGGAGGGGGGUGCCUCCAGGGGGCCUCGGCCGACAGCGGGAUAGACACCUCAUCCUAUGGAGGAGGGGGUGGGGGCCACUCACACCCCCACCAGGAGAGUUCCAGUUCCCUCUUGGCUCCUGGGGGUAGAGAGGGGAGGGAUAGAGCUCCGUCCCCCUGGCAUAGCCCCACUGAGGGGUGCAGGAGGGUCCUGGAGAGGUCCUCCCCAGCCGCAGAGAGCUCACAACCCCCAGGGGAGAGGGGAGAAGGGAAGGCUAGGACUCCUCCUACACGCCUACUGGUUAGAGAUGGCAGCUCCUACAGUCUGAGUGAUGCAGGAUCGCACUCCAGUUCCAGAGGCCACUCCCCCCGUGAGGACUCGUCUUCCUCAGCCACCUCCCCUUGCUCCCAGACGUCGGUCUCUCCCGGCCCCAAGACCUUCUACCCCCGUCAGGGAGCCACCUCCAAGUACCUCAUCGGCUGGAGGAAGCCAGGAUCCACCAUCAACUCUGUCGACUUCGGAGACAACCGCAAGAAGUCUCCAGGGGAGGGAGGAAGUGGAGGAGAGGGGAGUGGCGGCGGAGGACGAGGGGGUCAGGAUGGGGGUCACAGCAGACCCCAUCACGCCCUCCAGCCACACCUCGCCCACGCUAAGACCACCGCGGAGGACGAUAUGAAGAGACUGAGUCCAGACAGCCCUCCCAAACACAGACGACACAAGGUCAAGGACAAGUCCUCAUCCUCAGGCCAGCCCCCUACCCGUCCGUCUCUCCACCGCACCCUGUCUGAUGAGAGUAUCUACCGGGGCCAGCGUGUCCCCUCUCUGAGGCUGGGUGACCUAGAACCAGACCCCACCCUGGGUAGUGACGUGUUAUUCAGCUGCUCCACGUUGCCACGCUCUCCCACCACCCGCGGGGUGCCCCUCAGACGACCCUCGUACAAACUGGGGAUCAAACUACACGGGGAUCUGUCUGCGUCUGACACGUCAUUGGCUGAGAUGGUUGAGCGACAGCGCCACCCCCUUCCCCAGGAGCUGAUGCCCCUCCCCCCUUCUGAGAGCAGGGACAGCCCCCUGGACUGGACCCACCUGGUGGAUGUGGCCAAUACCUUCGAAAUCCAGAGAGGGUUUGUGUUCAGUGAUUCUAACCACAGAGGUAGUGGAGCCUCCAGCCCUCACCAGUCACAGCCCAGCCUGGACCUCCAGCCUGCUCCUCUGUCCAGACCUUCAUCGAGUGAGGGUCCAGCAGGUCUGGAGAGGAAUGUGACCAAGCUGGAAGCCGUGGUCAAGAUGCUACAGGAUGACCUGAAGAAGGAGCGUGAGGAGAAGCAGCGUCUCCAUCUGCAGAUCAAAAGGCUCUGGGAGGAUAACCAGCGGCUGCAGGAGGAGUCCCAGAGCUCUGCUGCCAAACUCAAAAAGUUCACAGAGUGGGUCUUCAACACCAUCGACAUGAACUGAGAGACAGAGGAGGAGGAGAGGGUGAUGAUGAGGAGGAGGGUUCUACCACAUUGACCAGAAGAGGAGGGGGAGGAAAAUGAGAAAGGAGAAGAGUAACUGGAAAGAGAGAGGACCAGUAUCAACCCCAAAAACAUUCCCCUUCUCCCUUGCACAAACUGAAGUACUGAUUCCACUCUCCAUGCCUCUUCCUUGUCCCCGGAAGUUUUUAUUUCACUCUCUGAAGUUCCUCUCUCAACUACCCACUGAAACUCAGGAUUAGCUAGAAGGACAGUCUUAUUUUGUUAAAUAAUGAAGGAUUACUUUCAUACUGUGGGAUUUGAAGGGGAGCUGUGUGUGUGUGUAAUUGUGAUGGGCUCUCGGUACUGCCAAGAAAUACUGGAGCUCAGAAGACUAGAGCAUUGUCCUCCUCUCCUCCCCCACUGUCUGAGCUGACUUCACUCUGGGGGUGGUAGGAAGACUCAGACAUAAAGAGAGACUUGUGUUUUACCCCAAUAGCCAGCCUCUCAGUGGCUGUACAGUACAUCUCUUCAGCUAAGGCUUCAAAGCACAUAAGAGCACAGAGUAACUGUAACAGCGUAACUGUAACUGCCCCAUGUGGAAACCGUGGAAUCUCAUCUCAUUUCCCUGUCUCCACUUUUCCUCCUCUGCAAAUCUGACUUGUCUGAUGCUACCUCUGUCUACACUACCCCAACAAACAGGUAGACAGAUGGACCGAGGGAAGAGGCAGACCGAGGGAAGAGGAAGACAGGUAGACAGACAGGCAGACAGGUAGACAGACAGGCAGACAGGUAGGCAGACAGACAGGCAGACAGGUAGGCAGACAGGUAGACAGACAGGCAGGUAGACAGGCAAACAGGUAGACAGGCAAACAGGUAGACAGACAGGCAGACAGGUAGACAGACAGGCAGACAGGUAGGCAGACAGGUAGACAGACAGGCAGGUAGACAGGCAAACAGGUAGACAGGCAGGUGGACAGGCAAACAGGCAAACAGGUAGACAGACAGGCAAACAGGUAGACAGACAGGCAAACAGGUAGACAGACAGGCAAACAGGUAGACAGACAGGCAAACAGGUAGACAGACAGGCAAACAGGUAGACAGACAGGCAAACAGGUAGACAGGCAGACAGGUAGACAGACAGGCAAACAGGUAGACAGACAGGUAGACAGGCAGACAGACAGGUAGACCGAGGGAAGAGGCAGACAGGUAGACAGACAGGCAAACAGGUAGACAGACAGGUAGACAGGCAUGCAGACAGGUAGACAGGCAUUCAGGCAUGUAGACAGGCAGACAGGUAAACAGGUAGACAGGCAGGUAGACAGAUGGACUGAGGUAUGAGGCAGACAGGUAGACAGCGGGAGGGAAAAGACAGACAGCCCUGUGUUGCCAGCUGGUUUUCUGUGCAUUCAUAUUCCUCAAUCUACAGGGAACACAGAUCUGUAUGUCUGUAGGAACAAACACCUAGAGAGAAUGAACACCUGUCCGUAUCUCUCCUGUACAUAUCAACUAGCUCUCUGUGGUUUACUGUACAGUCUGCAUUCAGACCAUCAACACGUUGUACUGGUUUGGACCGGGCCAUUGAGAGGUACAUGGACUCACUGGGCUACAUCUGAAGGAGAACUUAACACGAGGCAGGGUGGUUUUGGUUGACAGACAUUCCUCUAUACUUCUCCCGUAGUGCCCCUUACUAGUCUGGUUGGCCUGUAGUGUGUCACGACCAAGCCUAUAUAGCUGACAUACACAAGGCUACCAUACACACACUCUUACACCACAACCAUACACACACUCUUACCCCACAACCAUACACACACUCUUACUCCACAACCAUACACACACUCUUACUCCACAACCAUACACACCCUCUUACUCCACAACCAUACACACACUCUUACUCCACAACCAUACACACACUCUUACCCCACAACCAUACACACACUCUUACCCCACAACCAUACACACACUCUUACCCCACAACCACGCCUCCACUGAAACUUCUGCCAUUUUGAAUCCUACAACUAAUUACAGAUGCUUGUGACACUUUGACCAAACCGGACAGCAAAACUUCAUUCCAGCACCGCUUCAAAACAAAAAAGCUAUCAUUAUCAAGGACUCCAUGAUCACAUGACAUGGGUGAAAUCAGGAGCAUAUUGGUGAUUAGGACUGUGUGGGUCUUAAAAGCAAUAGCAAGGAGGACAACCAAACUCCCUAUUCGUCUCAGUGGAAAGAUCUGAAUUCAGACAUGGGGACCGUAAGGUUUGAGGCGGCCAUCUUAAAGGAAAAUUCCACCCAAAAUGCAGCUUCAUAAAAUGCAUCAUGACGGCUGUAUUUCUUUAUUUUGCUAAAUUUCUAUAUCUUGGAAAACUUGAUUGCUGACAUGCAAAAGAUUUUGGGAAUGUAUCAACAGUGGACUAAUGAAACAAAUACCGCAAGAGUUUUUUUGGGGGUGGAAUUUUCCUUUAACUUUUCUAAAAGCAAUGGGACGUCCUCUGCCUUUGGUAACUAUGCGCUGAAGAGAAGGAGAGAAAUGAAGGAAGACAGAUGUCUUUUCUUUCACCCCACCAUCUCAAGGAAUGUUAAUUCUGUUAAAACUUUUAAAAUUCCUGAUCGACGAAUCAUUUUAAUCGGGGGGAGGGGGGACAUUUUCGGAUGUAUUUAUGUCUUUGUACAUUAUAAAAUGAAUAAAUAAGUUGUUUUUGUUGCGUACAGUGUAA